UUGACGUCACCGUUAGUUGCGCAUCCCUAAUCAGCUGUUUGUGUGUAAAUUCGCAAUAAAUUCACAAAUUACUUAAAUUCUCUUUAAAUAUUGUUUAACUAGUAGUAAUAAUAUAUCUAAAAAGAUGUCGGAUGACCUGCCGGAGCAGUUCGACCUGGUGGUCAUAGGCACAGGCUUCACCGAAUCCUGCAUCGCCGCUGCGGGCAGCAGAGUGGGCAAGUCGGUGCUACAUCUAGACAGCAAUGAGUUCUACGGGGAUGUGUGGAGCUCCUUCACCAUAGACGCUCUAUGUGCGCGUUUGGAUCAGAAAUCCGAACCCCAUUCGACAUUGCGAAAUGGCAGCUACAACUGGCACACCACGGAAAAAGAAACAGGCGAACAACCUUGGAACAGAGACUCCAUGCUGGCCAAAUCGCGUCGCUUCAGCCUGGAUCUCUGCCCACGCAUCCUGUACGCUGCCGGGGAGCUGGUUCAAUUGCUCAUCAAGUCAAAUAUCUGCCGCUAUGCCGAAUUCCGAGCCGUUGACCAUGUGUGUAUGCGGCACAACGGGGAGAUUGUAUCCGUGCCCUGCUCCCGCAGCGACGUCUUUAACACCAAGACGCUGACCAUUGUUGAGAAGCGGCUUCUAAUGAAGUUCCUUACAGCCUGCAAUGACUAUGGCGAGGACAAGUGCAACGAAGAUUCUUUGGAGUUCCGUGGGCGCACGUUCCAGGAGUACCUGCAGGCGCAGCGGGUGACCGAAAAGAUAUCAUCGUGCGUGAUGCAGGCCAUCGCGAUGUGUGGCCCCACCACCAGCUUCGAGGAGGGUAUGCAGCGCACGCAACGAUUUCUUGGCAGUUUGGGUCGCUAUGGCAACACACCCUUCCUGUUUCCCAUGUAUGGCUGCGGCGAACUGCCGCAGUGUUUCUGCCGACUGUGCGCCGUAUAUGGUGGCAUUUAUUGCCUGAAGAGAGCUGUUGACGACAUUGCCUUGGACUCCAGCUCGAAUGAAUUCCUGUUGAGUAGCGCAGGGAAAACGCUGCGAGCAAAGAAUGUGGUCUCUGCCCCUGGAUAUCCACCAGUUUCAAAGGGCAUCGAGAUGAAGCCUCACAUCUCACGGGGCUUGUUCAUAUCAUCCAGCCCCUUGGGAAACGAGGAGUUAAAUAAGGGCGGUGGUGGUGUGAAUCUUUUGCGAUUGCUCGAUGCCGAUGGAUCACGAGAAGCCAUCUUAAUUCAACUGGCGCAUUACACAGGAGCCUGCCCUGAGGGAUUGUACAUCUUUCACUUAACCACGCCCGCUGUAAGCGAAGAUCCUGCGGCUGAUCUAGCUGUUUUUACUAGCCAACUCUUCGAUCACUCUGAUGCACAAAUAAUAUUUAGCUCAUAUUUCACAAUUGUAGCCCAGUCCAAUAAAAGUGUCGCUGCCGAGCACAUUCACUACACAGAUACCCCAACCUAUGAGUUGGAUUAUGACGCGGCCAUCGCUAACGCUCGCCACAUAUUUGGUAAACUCUUCGCGGAUGCUGACUUUCUGCCACGAGCCCCAGAUCCAGAAGAGAUAGUGGUCGAUGGCGAAGAUCCCAGUGCCUUGAACGAACACAGUUUGCCCGAGGAUUUGCGUGCACAGUUGCAGGAUAUGCAACAGGCAACUCAGGAAAUGGAUAUACAAGACUAGAUACAAUUGAGAAUUAAAUCAAAGAAGGGACCUUUUCUGUCCUUGAAUAUCAUAAGACACGAGCUGACCAUUUUCUUAUUAAACAUUUCAAAAUUAAUAGGUCAAGAGAAAUUUUAAUCGAUUGUAUACAAUUUUUUGCUUCAUAUAUUCCUAUAUAUUUAUUGUGUAAAUUAUUUAUAAUUGCUAAAAGUACUAGGUAUAUAUAAAUGUUUAUAUGUGAGUGCUUCUGUGCAUUUUGCUUUGAGAAAUAUACUUUCGAAAAAUAUGCAUUCCAAUGCGUAUAAAAA